ACACAGUGAGCCAGCCUAUAUUCUUAGUAAAGUUUGAUGUUCUUCAAAAGCAUUUCAAGUGGUAUGUUGCGCUCAAAGUUUCAGACUUACAUAAUUAUGUAUUUGUAAUUAAUAUACUAUUAUGCAAUUAUGCACUGCCUCGUUAAGUGUACAUUGAUCUGAUACAUUUGCUGAUUUAAAUGUUUUUAUUUCUUCAUUAGAUUCAAAAGGAAGACUGAAACGAUUGACAACAUUUUUGAGCCUUAGGUUUGGGUUGAAGCCAAUACUGACACACAGUUUCAUUUUCAGGUCUCUCUAACCUGCUGAUCACUGACUCAAGUCAUCGUGUGACUACAACUGAGCUUGGCCCAGUUGAACUAAGCCAAGAAGAGAAAUGUGGUGGUUUAUGGUUCUUGGUUGGUCGUUUACUCUUACUUGUAUCUUAGGAAACUUGUUUGUCGCGUACUUGAUCUCAACAAGACCAAGACUACACGUCAAAGCCAACUGGUUUGUCCUGUCUCUUGCACUGGCCGAUUUAUGCGUUGGAUUGAGUUAUUUGCCGUUACUCUUUGCCUCAAGUUUUUUUCAAGAUUUCACCUCCGAUCACAAGGGAAUAUGGUUCAAAGUCAGCCACACUUUUAUUUACUCUUCGACCACCAACUUGUGUGUCUUAACGGCAGACAGAUUUACAGCAAUUACAAUGCCUCUACGAUACACCCUGUAUAUGACUCAGCGACGAUUGUUUUAUUUGGUUGCCUUUGCUUGGGUCUUGCCUAUAAUUUUCUUCACACUUCCUUCAUUCUGUAUUUAUUCAAAAGAGCAGGAUUCCCUCACCUUUGCCUUCCAAACUUUUAGGGUUGUAAUAUUUCAGCUUAUCCCAAGCGUACUGUUUAUAUUUGUUGCUGGACGUUUGUGUUACAUUGCAAAAGGCAUUUCACGAAAGGAGGAGUUUACUUUGACCCAGAUCAGAUUUAACCUCCCUCCUCUACAGAAAAACGCAAGAAGAAACAGCCGUGACGAAAGGAAACCGUCUUCAAUAAAAAUGUUGAUACUUAUUAUUUUCAUUUUCGUUCUGUGUCACGUUGGAGGAAACUACAGAUGCUUCUGUUCUGUCUUCAAUCUAUGCGCCGUUCCUGACUAUAUAAGGAAGGUUAUUGAACUACUUUUCGUCUUUAAUUCAGCGGUUAAUCCCCUGGUGUACGCUUUUUUGAAAAGAGACAUAAAACGAGAAAUGAAGCUGAUNACUUCCUUCAUUCUGUAUUUAUUCAAAAGAGCAGGAUUCCCUCACCUUUGCCUUCCAAACUUUUAGGGUUGUAAUAUUUCAGCUUAUCCCAAGCGUACUGUUUAUAUUUGUUGCUGGACGUUUGUGUUACAUUGCAAAAGGCAUUUCACGAAAGGAGGAGUUUACUUUGACCCAGAUCAGAUUUAACCUCCCUCCUCUACAGAAAAACGCAAGAAGAAACAGCCGUGACGAAAGGAAACCGUCUUCAAUAAAAAUGUUGAUACUUAUUAUUUUCAUUUUCGUUCUGUGUCACGUUGGAGGAAACUACAGAUGCUUCUGUUCUGUCUUCAAUCUAUGCGCCGUUCCUGACUAUAUAAGGAAGGUUAUUGAACUACUUUUCGUCUUUAAUUCAGCGGUUAAUCCCCUGGUGUACGCUUUUUUGAAAAGAGACAUAAAACGAGAAAUGAAGCUGAUAGGCCGGGGUUUCAAAAUAGGAACAGUAUUGAUAACCUGACUAACGGUACCUUCAAUAUUUUCUUUAUAUUGUUAUAUCGUAUUCUGGAAAAAGAACACUCAGAAAUAUUCCAUCCGUCGGCAUUCUCAGGAAGCCACCGGGAUACUUUUUGUAUUCCUGUUGAUCCGUAUUGUAUUUCAGAUAGUUGAAUCGGAUGGGGCGCAGUGCCGAUUGUGCCUGAAACAGUAUGAUUUCAAGAGUUAAAUUAAAACAAUUAUUCGAAGAAACCUAGACUAACGUCUGCGCACCUGAUUUGAUGAGACGGUAUGUAGAUGUAUGCGCUUGAAGUUAGCUAUAACCACCUUAUCCCAGGAAGUUCAAGUAAAUUCUUUUUAAUGUUCUUUUGUGAAAAAAGACUAGUAAAAGAUUCAAUGGCCGCAUUUUUCUCAGACAUUGCAUAUAAUGGCUCACUUGCCAGGGACGGAAAACUAAUCAUGGAAUUUCAUGAAGGAUCAAGUGAAAACAUUAUUUACUAAGGUUUUAAUAAUCCCACUUGUCACUAAACCGACGGACUCAGCUUACUCUGCCAAAUUC